AACAGAACCGCUGCAAUCCUACCUCAGAACGACAUGUUCGGAGACAGACCUAAGGUGUAAAUCGAGAAAUACAAACCCAGUGCACAGCAUCGUGCAUGCAUGCUAUAUGGACCUCGCUACAAACCCAACGAGUCAAGCCUCACCUAGAACGACGACAAUGCCCACUACCACUCGGUAACAUCAAUUACUUAAAGGAGCCAGCGCAUGAGAAGAAAACCAUAGACUCAUACUCAUCAUGGCUCCCUCCAGAUCUAAAUCAAAACCAAAAAUCACAUCACUCAAAUCCGGCCGUCCACCCACUCUAACCUCAACAUCAAAUCCUUCCACACUCGGCUCCCAAUCCGCCAAACACACACGGACAUUAAUCCGGCAACACCACACAUUACAAAAACGCCUUAGCCACGCCAAAUCCAUCAACGACACAUCUCUCGUCGCAGACUUGGAAUCACAACUCGCAGCGACAGGCGGCUUGAAAAGUUAUCAAGUCGCCAGCACUAUCGGACAGAGUAAAACCCGUGGUGGAGAUUCAAGUCGAGUAUUGGUCGAAUGGUUACAUGAUGAGAUUCAAAUUCGAAGGAAACGAUCUCAUUCUGAAUCCACAUCCACGUCCACAUCCACAUCCCACUCAAGGCCGCCUCUACCUUUAAAAAUCCUCGAAAUCGGAGCCCUCAGCACGAGCAAUGCACUCAACGUCAACAACGUCACACGAGUACGUAGAAUCGAUUUACGCAGUUCGGGGCCAGGGAUCGAAGAAAUCGAUUUCAUGGCAUUACCACUGCCGACAUCAUCGACAGACCCUCAAUCGUGGGACUAUGAUCGACCAGGCUAUGAUGUUGUUAGUCUCAGUCUGGUGUUGAAUUACGUCCCGGAUGCACAGGCGCGAGGGGCUAUGUUACGACGGACGACGAGAUUUUUUCGCGAGGCUGAAUUGGCCAAUACCAGCGACGCCGACGCCGACGCCGACGCCGAUAUCGAAGUCGAGAGCAGCAAGGCUGAAAGCUCUGAUCGGACUUCAACAUCGGAUACGAAACUGCCAUGCCUGUUCCUCGUGCUGCCAGGUGCAUGUGUGCAUAACUCGCGGUAUCUGACGGUGGGUCAUCUGACGGAUAUAAUGAAUGCGUUGGGAUAUUGUCUUUUGAAUGACAAGACGACGGCGAAGUUGUACUAUAGUUUGUGGAGAUGGGAUGGGAGAGAUCGACUAGGAGAAUCGAGGCCUCACCAACAAUCAGGGCCAAGGGUUGCCUUUCGCAAACGUGAGAUUAAUCCUGGCGCCACAAGGAAUAAUUUCUGUAUCGUGCUUGAUGGGCAGGAUUGAGCGAGAGGUGAUAUGAUGAUGGCGGUGUGUGUGUAUUUCUCCAAUUGGAACAAAGAUGAGAUAUGAUGAUGAUCAAUGACUGGCUUGUUUUUAUGCGAUGGGUUUUAUGUGACAGUAUCCAGUAUCGAUAGCGC